UCAAAGCCAAUCUCUAUCAUCAUCAUUGAGCCAAUAGCCACUGACAUAAGUCAUCAUUGAACAUCUAUUUGCCUUCUUCUCUGUCUAUUCACACAUCUCUUUCUCUCUAAAUCAGAAAGUAUUUUUUUAUUUUUAUUUUUUGUGUUUACAAAAAAUAAAAGGACACAACUAUAAAUAUUUUUCUUGUUUGUAUAUAUAUUGUUCAUUUCUGAAUCUUCUGACCUAUCCUAUAAACUGUAUUGCACUAGCCAAAGGAAAAAAGCUGUAACUCCUCUGCUACAAAAGAGAACCAGCCCAUUUUUCUUCGUUCUGUCCCCCACCUCCUACCCAACACAUUCAUAUCCCAGAGAAAGAAAACCCCCAUUUACCUUUCUUUUGGUUUCCAAAGAGAAAGAAAAAGGAAACUUUAUUGGUUAUUCAGAGGAAAAAAAAGGAAGAGCAAAAAGAUGGGCGGUGAGAAAGAAGAUGGUUUAGGUUUGAGCCUCAGCUUAGGAAUGAGUUGCCCUCAAAAUAAUCUCAAGAAUAAUGACUUCAUUUCAUCAUCAACUCCUCCAUUCCUCUUGCCCUUCUUGCAUAAUCAUCAAAUUUCUGCAGAGAGAAAUGAAGAAGCAAAAGAAUCUAUAAGAGGGGAAAUAGAUAUGAAUCAACCAGCGAGAAUGAUAGAGUCAUGUGAUGAGGAAUUAGAAGAUGAAGGUUUGAUAAUGGUUUCAUCACCUAAUAACAGCACAGUUUCGAGUGUGAGUGGGAAGAGGAGUCAUGACAGAGAAGAUAACGAAGGGGAGAGGCCCACCAGCUCCCUGGAGGAUGACGGCGGCGACGCGGCGGCGAGGAAGAAACUCCGGCUGUCCAAGGAGCAAGCAGCCCUUCUUGAAGAGACAUUCAAGGAGCAUAACACUCUUAAUCCAAAGCAAAAAUUGGCACUGUCGAAACAGCUGAAUCUCAGGCCAAGACAAGUGGAGGUGUGGUUUCAGAACAGAAGGGCAAGGACCAAGUUGAAGCAAACAGAGGUUGAUUGUGAGUACUUGAGGCGUUGCUGUGAGAAUCUGACAGAGGAAAACAGACGAUUGCAGAAGGAAGUUACUGAGCUUAGAGCAUUGAAGCUUUCUCCACAAAUGUACAUGAACAUGACUCCUCCCACCACCCUUACCAUGUGCCCUCAGUGCGAGCGUGUGGCCGUAUCGUCUUCUUCCUCCUCUGCCGCCUCUUCUUCAGUCACCGGUGCAGGUGUCUCUCGCUCGAACCACCCUGUAGGCGCCCUUCACCAACCGCCAGUGCCCCUCAACAAACCAUGGGCUGCAAUUUUCUCCCCUAAAACACUCGACGUGCAACGAACACAACUGUAGUUUACUCUUGUUGUGAGGGUGAAAAGGUCAUUUUAGACACAAUGGGAAGAGUAUAAACUCUACUUGGAGCCAAACAGAUAGACAACGGGUAGUGAAAAGUGGUCCAGAUAAAGGUAGGGAGAAAUCAGAAAGUGUUUAUAGAGUAGGAUGAAUGAGAUGAUUACAAGAGAAUCUUUAGUUCUUUUAUUCUUGUUGGGGUUCUCUUUAGUAGAUGAAUGAUUAAUGCUCCAAAAGCGGGAUGUAAUGUUGGGUCAAGAGCAACAAUUGUUGAAUUUGUUCAUUUCAUUUGUGUAGGGAAAUGGUUACUUAAAUGGGACGACAUAUAUAAUUGUGCUCA